AUAGUCCAACGAAGAAGACGUAGAUGUUGGCGGAAAGUGGAGAGCCAAGCACCUUGAGGGAAUUAGCGCAAUCUGCUUCCUCGUUAAUACCUUGAGCCAUUUAACGUAUACCGCGACCAAGUCUUGCCUAAAAUAUUCCCCGCGUUGUUCCCAACGGCCAGGUGAGAGGAGCUGAACUGCAACUGCCCUUCUUAGUCGUUUAAAACCAGCGAACACGCUAAGUAGCCUCGCUCGCUAGCCUCACUAGCUAGCCAGCUAGCCCAUUCACUUCCACGCUACCACGUCCAUUGUGCGCUAGCUAGCAUGUCUAGCGGAGGCAUUAUCCGCGGACCCGCGGGGAGCAAUGACUGCCGCAUCUACGUCGGCAACCUGCCGCCCGAUAUCCGCUCUAAGGACGUCGAAGACCUCUUCUACAAGUACGGCUCCAUCCGUGAUAUCGAUCUGAAAAACCGACGAGGAGGACCGCCAUUCGCCUUCGUGCAGUUUGAGGACCCGAGGGACGCAGAUGACGCCGUGUACGGUCGUGACGGCUAUGACUACGAUGGCUACCGACUGCGAGUGGAGUUCCCCCGAAGUGGACGAGGAGGAGCUGCAGGCCCACCUAGGGGUCGAUACGGACCACCAUCUAGGCGCUCCGAGUACAGGGUCAUCGUGUCAGGUCUCCCUCCUAGUGGGAGUUGGCAGGACCUGAAGGACCACAUGCGAGAAGCGGGCGAUGUGUGCUACGCUGACGUGAACCGCGAUGGCAGUGGCGUGGUGGAGUUUGUGCGGAAGGAGGACAUGACAUACGCCGUGCACAAGUUGGACAACAGCAAGUUUCGCUCCCACGAGGGCGAGACGGCGUACAUUCGUGUUAGGAUGGACGGCCACCGCAGCCCCAGCUACGACCGCUCCCGCAGCCGGAGCAGAAGCCGGAGCCGAAGCAAGAGCCGAUCACGGAGCUACUCCCCCGCUCGUCGCGGCCGGGCCUCGCCACGCUAUUCCCCACGGCGCUCUCGCUCCCAUUCCCGUUCCCGCUCUCGUUCUCGCUCCCGCACCUAGAGCCGCCGGUGCCGCGCUGACUUGACGUAGAGCGGCACGUCAAGAGAGAGGGCAAAAGAAACCUCGGAGUUGGAUCCCGUUUGUCAUGUAUUUCUCAUCAGCCCUGCCGUUUUGGGUUUUUUGGUUGCUGCCCGUCCCCCUUUCCUUCCCUUCACUGUGUUGGGUGACUUUUUUUAUUUUUUUUAUUUUGUUUUUCAUUUUACUCACCAUUCCGUCAUUUUCCCCACCCCCUCUUCCCAGCUCCUUGAACGCUGCCGCUAUUGCUGUGCUUUUUCUUUGGCUUCUCAAAGCAUUUUGUCCGCUGAUCUUCUUGUGUGUCUCUCUGUAGAGAUCAGAGCGGCAGGAUAGGAUGGGAAGAGAAGGAAACAGUUCAAAUUAGGAUAAAGAGGAGGAGGAGGAUGAGAAGGAGGAGGAUACAAAUGUGGCACGCAAUGGUAUGAUGGUUGUGCCUUUACAAACAUCUAAUUGUGAGGCUGUUCACAUGUUUUUACACUUAAAAUGGUGCCCCAUUCUUGCUCAAUACUCAAUCACCCACUGCAGAAAUAAGCUUCUGCAUUCAUUUUGUUUGUAGGUGGUACCCGCCACCCUUUUUUUUUUCUUCUUAAUUUGCUUUGUAGUUUUCUCCAACCCUGUUAAGUGUCAUCAAAAUGUAGAUAUUUUUUCCUUUCAAUGCGAAGGUGUGAUUCUAACUCCUUCUCUUUGGUUCUGCUGGUAUUCUGAAGGUUUGGACUGGGCUCAUUGUCACCCCAUCCGGAGCCGGAUCAGGAUUUAGGAUUUUUAGGCAUCAGGAUGGAUACAAGGAGCAGGAGCGUUGGAGAAUUUUCUUUGUUCGUUUGUUUGUUGUUUGUACCUGGACAAGUUCCCACGUCCAACCUUUCAAGCAUUGUAGUUCAUAGUCUAAGCUAAUUCGGCGUUCCCAAAGAAACACAUGUAGUAGUAAUUUUCCAUGUUGUGGAAUUUCAUAAUUAGUGGCAGUGUUGUGACUUUUUUUUAAUUAUCGUUGGAAAAGGAAGAGCUGGGAUCAAACCCUCGGAGGGCUUCCCGACAGUGGAGGGAGAGGAUAAAAAGAGUGAGGAAAUGUGGUUUGUAUCUUAGAUCCGCUUUUUCCUGGUGGGAUGGUUUGUUUUUCAUAAAUAGAGUCUCCGGUGUCAUCAGAGCUUUAUUCUCUUUUAAUAAAAGUUUAAAACGUA